UGGCGGUACUGCGGGUGACAACGGUCAAUAAUGAAGGUGGCUGCGGCGCGGCAGCGGAUUCAGCUGCGCCGGGCGGGGGCGGCGCCGGGACCGCGCCUGUAGGACCUCGGGGCCGGCGCGGCGAGAUGGGGCCCCGGCGCGGGGAGUGAGGCGGGUGUGACGGCGAGCGGAACUUCAGCCGGAGGGGCUCUCCUGCUUCCCCCUCUGGCUCUUCGGCCUCCACCUGCAGCCCCUCGGCCCCCGCGUCCCGCGGGACCGGGACGGCAACGGCGGGGGCAUGUGGCGCUGGGUCCGGCAGCAGCUGGGUUUUGACCCACCACAUCAAAGUGACACAAGAACUAUUUACAUAGCCAACAGGUUUCCUCAGUAUGGCCUUUACACACCUCAGAAAUUUAUAGAUAACCGGAUCAUUUCAUCUAAGUAUACUGUGUGGAAUUUUGUUCCAAAAAAUUUAUUUGAACAAUUCAGAAGAGUGGCAAACUUUUAUUUUCUUAUUAUAUUUUUGGUUCAGCUUAUGAUUGAUACACCUACCAGUCCAAUUACCAGUGGACUUCCGUUAUUCUUUGUGAUAACAGUAACUGCCAUAAAGCAGGGAUAUGAAGAUUGGUUAAGACAUAACUCAGAUAAUGAAGUAAAUGGAGCUCCUGUUUAUGUUGUUCGAAGUGGUGGCCUUGUAAAAACUAGAUCAAAAAACAUUCGGGUGGGUGAUAUUGUUCGAGUAGCCAAAGAUGAAAUUUUCCCUGCAGAUUUGGUGCUUCUGUCCUCAGAUCGACUUGAUGGUUCUUGUCACGUUACAACUGCUAGCUUGGAUGGAGAAACUAACCUGAAGACCCAUGUGGCAGUUCCAGAAACAGCAGUAUUACAAACAGUUGCCAAUUUGGACACUCUUAUAGCUGUGAUAGAAUGUCAGCAACCAGAAGCAGACUUGUACAGAUUCAUGGGACGAAUGAUAAUAACUCAACAAAUGGAAGAAAUUGUAAGACCUCUGGGGCCAGAGAGUCUCUUGCUUCGUGGAGCCAGAUUAAAAAACACAAAAGAAAUUUUUGGUGUUGCUGUGUAUACUGGAAUGGAAACUAAAAUGGCAUUAAAUUACAAGAGCAAAUCACAGAAACGAUCUGCAGUAGAAAAGUCAAUGAAUACAUUUUUGAUAAUUUAUCUAAUAAUCCUUAUUUCUGAAGCCAUCAUCAGUACUAUCUUGAAAUAUACAUGGCAAGCUGAAGAAAAAUGGGAUGAACCUUGGUAUAACCAAAAAACAGAACAUCAAAGAAAUAGUAGUAAGAUUCUGAAAUUUAUUUCAGACUUCCUUGCUUUUUUGGUACUCUACAAUUUCAUCAUUCCAAUUUCAUUAUAUGUGACAGUCGAAAUGCAGAAAUUUCUUGGAUCAUUUUUUAUUGGCUGGGAUCUUGAUCUCUAUCAUGAAGAAUCAGAUCAGAAAGCUCAAGUCAAUACUUCUGAUCUGAAUGAAGAACUUGGACAGGUGGAGUAUGUGUUUACAGACAAAACUGGUACACUGACCGAAAAUGAGAUGCAGUUUCGGGAAUGUUCAAUUAAUGGUAUAAAAUACCAAGAAAUCAAUGGUAGACUUGUGUCUGAAGGACCAACACCAGACUCUUCAGAAGGAAACUUAUCUUAUCUUAGUAGUUUAUCCCAUCUUAACAACUUAUCCCAUCUUGCAACCAGUUCCUCUUUUAGAACCAGUCCUGAAAAUGAAACUGAACUAAUUAAAGAACAUGAUCUCUUCUUUAAAGCAGUCAGUCUCUGUCAUACUGUGCAGAUUAGCAGUGUUCAGACUGAUGGAAUUGGUGAUAGUCCCUGGCAAACCAACCUUGCACCCUCCCAGUUGGAGUACUAUGCAUCUUCACCAGAUGAAAAGGCUCUCGUGGAAGCUGCUGCAAGAUUCGGCAUUGUAUUUAUUGGCAAUUCUGGAGAAACUAUGGAAGUUAAAACACUUGGAAAACUGGAACGGUACAAACUGCUUCAUAUUCUGGAAUUUGAUUCAGAUCGUAGAAGAAUGAGUGUAAUUGUUCAGGCACCUUCAGGUGAGAAACUUUUAUUUGUUAAAGGAGCCGAAUCAUCAAUUCUCCCAGAAUGUAUAGGUGGAGAAAUAGAAAAAACCAGAAUUCAUGUAGAUGAAUUUGCUUUGAAAGGGCUAAGAACUCUGUGUAUGGCCUAUAGAGAGUUUACACCUAAAGAGUAUGAGGAAAUAGAUAGACAUUUAUUUGAAGCCAGGACUGCCUUGCAGCAACGGGAAGAGAAAUUGGCAGAUGUCUUCCAGUUCAUAGAGAAAGACCUGAUAUUACUGGGAGCUACAGCAGUAGAAGACAAACUACAAGAUAAAGUUCGAGAAACUAUUGAAGCAUUGAGAAUGGCUGGUAUCAAAGUAUGGGUACUUACUGGAGAUAAACAUGAAACAGCUGUUAGUGUGAGUUUGUCAUGUGGACAUUUUCACAGAACCAUGAACAUCCUUGAACUUAUAAACCAGAGGUCAGACAGUGAAUGUGCUGAAAAGUUGAGGCAGCUUGCCAGAAGAAUUACAGAGGACCAUGUGAUUCAGCAUGGUCUGGUGGUGGAUGGGAUCAGUCUGUCUCUUGCACUCAGGGAGCAUGAAAAACUAUUUAUGGAAGUUUGUAAAAAUUGUUCAGCUGUAAUGUGCUGUCGUAUGGCACCACUGCAGAAAGCAAAGGUAAUAAGACUGAUAAAAAUCUCACCUGAGAAGCCUAUAACAUUGGCUGUUGGCGAUGGUGCUAAUGAUGUAAGCAUGAUACAAGAAGCACAUGUUGGAAUAGGAAUCAUGGGUAAAGAAGGAAGACAAGCUGCAAGGAACAGUGACUAUGCAAUAGCUAGAUUUAAAUUUCUCUCCAAAUUGCUUUUUGUUCAUGGUCAUUUUUAUUAUAUUAGAAUAGCUACCCUUGUACAGUAUUUUUUUUAUAAGAAUGUGUGCUUUAUCACACCCCAGUUUUUAUAUCAGUUCUACUGUUUGUUUUCUCAACAAACAUUGUAUGACAGCGUGUACCUGACUUUAUACAAUAUUUGUUUUACAUCCCUGCCUAUUCUGAUAUAUAGUCUGUUGGAACAGCAUAUAGACCCUCAUGUGUUACAGAACAAGCCCACUCUCUAUCGAGACAUUAGUAAAAACCGUCAACUAAGCAUGAAAACAUUUCUUUAUUGGACCAUGUUGGGUUUCAGUCAUGCCUUUAUUUUCUUUUUUGGAUCCUAUUUUCUAAUAGGGAAAGAUACAUCUCUGCUUGGAAAUGGCCAGAUGUUUGGAAAUUGGACAUUUGGUACCUUGGUCUUCACAGUCAUGGUUAUUACAGUCACAGUAAAGAUGGCUUUGGAAACUCAUUUUUGGACCUGGAUCAAUCAUCUUGUUACCUGGGGAUCUAUUUUAUUCUAUUUUGUAUUUUCUUUGUUUUAUGGAGGGAUUCUCUGGCCAUUUUUGAGCUCCCAGAAUAUGUACUUUGUAUUUAUUCAGCUCCUGUCAAGUGGUUCUGCUUGGUUUGCCAUAAUUCUCAUGGUUGUUACAUGCCUAUUUCUUGAUAUUGUGAAGAAAGUAUUUGACCGACAGUUUCAUCCUACAAAUAUUGAAAAGGCACAGCUUACUGAAACAAAUUCAAGUAUCAAGUGCUUGGACUCCAUGUGCUGUUUCUCAGAAGGAGAAACAGCGUGCGCAUCUGUUGGAAGAAUGCUGGAACGAGUAAUAGGAAGAUGUCGUCCGUCCCAUGUCAGCAGAUCAUGGAGUGCAUCGGAUCCUUUCUAUACCAACGACAGGAGCAUCUUGACUCUCUCCACAAUGGACUCGUCUACUUGUUAAAGGGGCAGUAGUACUUUGUGGGAGCCAUUUCAACUCCUUUCCUAAAAUUCAGUGUGAUCAUCCUGGUAAUGGCCACACUACCUCUGCGGAAUUACUUUCUGAAAUCUCUGGAGUAGUUCAUGCCCACUCAGAGUUAUAAUGGCAAACAAACAAAAAGCAUUACCAUGCACCCCUGUCAGCCGCCCUCUUAAUUUAAAUCUGAACAUGUUAAAAUUUAUGAAUAAAGAGACAUUUUUCAUCUCUUUAUCUGGGUUGUCCCCGUGUGCUUACGGGACUCCCAAUGGCAUUUCAGCCUUUUGCUAAGGCCAAUAAAUAUUUUAACAUCAAGGUAGAAAAGGGAGCUAAUUCCUAGUUAAUUGUAUUUUUUUGUAUGGCUUGGUUAUUGAGUCUUCUGUUUAAAUCUGCCUCUAUAAAUUAUGCUGAAAAGUUUGCCUUGAAAACUCUAUUUUUUUAUUAGAGUUAUAUUUGAAACUUUUCAUGGGAAAAGUUAAUGUGAAUAGUAAGGAAUUUGGUCCCUCAGUGACCCAUGUUUGUUCAUUCAUUAGUGCUUUCUAAGUUCACAGAGCAAAUUAGGAGAAUGCAUUUCCAACCAUUAUUUACUGCAGUAUGGGUAGUAAAUAUAUACCAGUACCAAAACUUCUCUAAAUGUACUGUAACACAACCAGUUAAGUUAACCAUAUACAUGCAAAGGGUAUAUCAUCUCUUACCUAUAAAUCAGGAAUCAAGUCCAUUCACCAAAUUUCAAAUUGAUGUUUACUAUUUUUGUGACAAUGUAAAGAACCUGUAGUGGGUAAAUUAGACACCAUUAUCAUAUUAUUAUUUAAUGUGUUUAUCAUUGGAUCUUUUGCAUGCUUUAAUCUGGUUAAUAUAUUUAAAUUUGCUUUUUUUGUCUAUCUGAAGGCUCUGUGUAUAGUAUUUUACAAC